AUGCCACACUUUGACAUUGUCACUAAUGUGAUGAUCCUAAACAGUGUGAGCAUUUUAUCCGCAGUUUUCCAGGUGGUUGCAGAGUGCCUUGCCAAAGAGAGGAAGCGUCUUAUAAUGCUCCCGGUUUUAUCUAUUAUCUUCAUAGUCCUGGGUUAUGUGUUGUUUUUGGUCAACUAUCUGGUAUUCGAAAGUUCUUUUUGUAUAACAAUUGGACUUGCCAUCUUUGGGACCAUCUGCGUUUCUAUGAACUGGUGGGAAAACUACAGCACACUUUUCAACAGUUUACACCUAAAGGGGAUAUCCAAAGACAUUGGCAAAUCUCGUAAUGCAGUGAACAUCAUCUCCAGCUUGACAAGAAUCCUGAUUACUUCAGCUGUGAUUGGAGCUUAUGUUGCUCUAAUAGGUGAUGGCUGGAAUUCAGUCAAACUUGUCUUUGAAACGGUUGUCAUUGCAUUGGUUGUCAUCCAGACUCUAUCCUCAGCCUUGUGUCGCUGGUUUGUGGUCGUGGCUUGCAAGAUGCACGCUUUGCGACGUAGUUUUUUUAUGCCCAUGUACUUUGCCUCAGUUAUAGUUUUGGCAGUGUUUUUGUCUCCACUUGUAGUCAAGUUCCCUGUGUCUAAUUACACUUCAAUCCCUCUAGACAAAAGUGAAUCCAGUGUAGAGUGGGUGAAGUUGUUGCUGGCCGAUGCCAUAAAAACUUUACUCACCAGAGACAUUGUGGUAAACAUGAAAACAGAAGGACUGGUCUGUUUAGGCUGUUCUGCUCUCUUCUGGUGGCUGGGACUUGUGCUUAGCACAGUUUACAUCUGGUUCCUAAAGAUCCAUCGAAUUGAAAGAACCCAAGAUCUGUUUGUGCAACGCAUGUAUGAAGGAGCGUUUUUGGAGCAGUCCUUGUUGCUGAACACCCGUUUUGAAAUCAGAAAGAAAAUCAAGGACAAACAGUGUGCACAAAUUAUCCGAGUGUUUCUAUGUGCUACAAUGUGGCAUGAAACCUAUGAUGAAAUGAUGAAGAUAAUCAUCUCUAUGUUCAGACUUGAUGCAUAUAGGCCCAAAACUGGAAAACACAGCGAUAUUGAGUUUGAAUUUCAUGUUUAUUUCGACGACGCUUUCAAGGAUGACGGUAAUCAAAGGGAGCGCCUUGCAAAUGAAUACGUUGAAAUUCUUGUGGAAGUUAUUAAAGAAGUUUACAUCAUUUUUAGUGAGGAGGAUCCAUGUGUCUUCAAGAAGAUGCAACCAUUACCAACCCAGAAGAUCAUAAGCACUCCUUAUGGAGGUCGGCUGGAAUACACACUUCCAAAAGGCAAUGUCAUGAUGGUUCACCUCAAAGACAAGCAACUUAUCCGUCACAAAAAAAGAUGGUCUCAGAUAAUGUACUUGUAUUACAUUCUUGGCUGGAGACUUAACAAACAGUACUAUGAGAAAUUUGAGGCAGGUGAAGAACCGGAUUUGCUUAAAGAGAAACUAAAGGUUAGAAGGAUAUCUUUACUGGUAGUAAGUUCUAACAUAUCAACCAGGCUCUGAAUCACUAACUGUGUAUCACAUGCUCCUUAGAGAGAAAGAGAGAACACAUAUAUCCUGGCUCUGGAUGGGGAUACAGAUUUCCAGCCUUCUGCAGUCAUGCUGUUAAUUGACAGACUUAAACUCUACCCAGAGGUCGGAGCCGCCUGCGGCAGGAUUCAUCCAACAGGCACAGGACCAAUGGUGUGGUAUCAGAAGUUUGAAUACGCUGUAGGCCACUGGCUGCAAAAGACUGCGGAGCAUGUAUUCGGUUGUGUGCUCUGCAGUCCUGGAUGUUUUAGUCUUUUCAGAGGAGCUGCACUUGUGGAAGACAACGUCAUGAAGAGAUACACAACCAAAGCCAGUGAAGCCAGCCAUUAUGUCCAAUAUGAUCAAGGUGAGGACCGCUGGUUGUGCACUCUGCUGCUGCAGCAGGGUUGGAGAGUGGAGUACAAUGCAGCAUCUGAUGCCUACACCAAUGCUCCACAGGAUUUUAAAGAGUUCUACAACCAACGCAGGCGCUGGGGACCUUCUACCAUGGCCAACACUAUUGACCUCCUAGGAUCAGGACAACUGACAUCUCAGAGGAACAGCUCUAUUUCAAAACUUUAUAUAUUGUACCAGAUUAUCAGCAUGGCAGCUUCCAUCUUGGGUCCUGCUACUAUCUGCCUCAUGAUAUCAGGAAGCUUUGUGUUCAUAUUCAAUAUGAAUGAAAAUACUGCCCUUGCUUUGGCGAUAGUGCCCCCUACGGUCUACCUUAUCCUGUGCUUCAAACUGAAAUCUGAUACACAGAUUAGAAUUGCAGCAAUCAUGAGCAUUAUCUAUGCAUUUCUCAUGGCUGGAACAAUUCUCUCUAUCAUCGGUGAUUUAGUGAAGCAAAAUACUUUUCUGACCCCUAGUGGUCUGUUUCUUAUUGGCAUGGUCAUGCUGUAUGUCAUCACAGCAGCUUUGCACCCUCAGGAGUUCUCACUGGUUGUCUAUGGUUUGCUAUACUUCAUCUGCAUUCCCAGUGGCUAUCUGCUCUUAGCCAUUUACUCUAUUGUCAACAUGAACAAUGUCUCAUGGGGGACUCGUGAGUCCGGCAGCCAGACGAAGACUUCUGCAGUGAACAGUCUCAAGAAGAAGUUCAUGAAUGCCACAUGCUGCAAAUGCCCAUGCUUGGAAUAUGAAGAUGAAACUAGCAAGGAGAUAUUACCAGCAGAAACCAUAACAAAAACUGAAACGUCACAAAUUACCUUGGAUAUACAAAGUGCAAAUGUCUUCCCAAUCAGUCCUUACAGUAAGUAUGACUUUCACAUGUAAUAUUGUUAAUACUGUGAUAUUCCCACCAACAUACUUGAAUGAAAUCAUCAAUAAUCCUGUUAUAGGUUUAGAUCGAAAACCUUGGAUUCAACGUUUGCAGCCAAAAUUUGGUUUUUGGUUGAAGAGUAAAUCCGAAUGCAAACUUUCUACAGAUGAAGUCAGUUUUUGGAUGGAAAUGCAAAACAAAUAUCUGGAACCUCUUAUGGAAAAUAAAGAACAACAAGAAAAAAUAGCUAAUGAUCUGAGAGAACUUCGAAAUAAGGCUAGCCUGAUAAAUUCACCAGUUGCCAAAAAUGGUUUAGACUACUGUUUGCUCUGAAAUGGUAAAGAUUUGCCCUCAUCAUUUUGUCUUUUUAAAUACAGGUUACAUUUGUCUUUUUCUUCUGCAAUGCACUUUGGCUAGCGGCAACUUUCUUUCUUCAAACAAUUGGUGAUGCGGUCUCUAUAAAGAUCCCAAAAAUCUACCCCAAUGGGACUCAUUCUUCAACAGAAACGUUGUCUCUUGAUCCGAUUGCGCUGAUGUUUCUACUCAGUUUUGCAGUACUGCUGAUAAUGCAGUUUCUUGGAAUGCUUUAUCACAGGUAACUUGCAGACAAUGAUUACAGU